AUGCGUAUACUUUGUCUCCAUGGCUCUGGCAUGAGUCCCGACAUUAUGAAAGCUCAAAUGUCGACCUUGCGGGAACUGUGCGAUCCGAGUUGGGAGUUCCAUUUCCUUGCUGGAAGAAUCACUUGCCCACCGGCCCCAGGUGUGCAACAUCUUCCAGGUCCAUACCUCUGUUACUCAGCCGAUUUCGAUCCGGUCAGUGUACGAGCCGCUCAAGUGUUGGUUCAGAAAGAAUUCGAGACGCAAGGCCCUUUCGAUGGCGUUUUGGGGUUCAGCGCAGGCGCAGCGAUCCUGGCUGGGUAUUUGCUUAAUCAACGCACCAGAUAUCCCGGGAAGCCUCUUCCUGUUCAGUUCGCGGUCUUUUGCUCCGCAGUCCCUAUUGUUUCGACCGAUCCCGUCUACUACCAGGCCCUGUACGGCUCGCUCUCGUCUGAAGAGGAGCAAAUGAUCCGUUCCGGUCAGCUGGAUCAGAUUCUGAAGCUGCGAGAGCCGAUUCGAACAGCAGUCAAGGCAGUGGCCACGGUGACUGAUACACUCAAAUCAAUUCUGAAUAACCCGCCCACGCAUUUCUUGGACCGACAGCCAUUGGAGAUUCCAUGCCCCGUGCACCCUGAUGUGUACAAAGCACGUCUGAAUAUUCCGACCCUUCACAUUCGAGGAAAGAAAGAACCCCGUUCGUUGAAAGAGUGUGCACUGGUGCUGGAAUCAUUUUGUUCUCCUUCGUUGCGGCGAACCCUCGAGCACAGGACGCCUCAUAGCCUGCCAACUUCCCGGGCGGAGGUUGAAGAUAUGCUCGCCGCGAUGGAAGAAGUGGUUGGCUCGGAUCGCCGCGCCAGGUUAUGA